AUGGGAUCGUGGUUCACCUUGCUCUGGCCGUGCAUCCAACUUGUCCUCCCUGCUGAAACACUGAACAAAACAUAACGAGGUCACGCCGACUGGCAAAGAUUCGAGGGAAAUCCACUUUGAUCCCCUUCUAAAUCUUUCUAGUCUAGGUGCACUCAUUAAACACCCAGACGGCGGUGCUUUGUUCAAGAUUUGAACGACUAGCAAUGUCGCUUUAUACACCAGUAUUCCCACCAUCUCUUGAACGGAGGUCUACAGGGCGCAAGGGCGCGUCCUCAUCCAAUAAACUUCAUCAAUCAUCUACUACGGAUAUUCUACGCGACAUCCAUCUUUUUCUUGCCACAAAACCUGAGGUGCUUGCACCCUCUUCAAGACCCAGCUCCCCCUCGUUCGACGAAAAUGUUGAAAGACUGAAACACUCUGUCGUCGAGACAGUUGACGCCGCAAGAAGAGACUCAGGGGAUAGGAAAUGGAAGCAGGUCAGCGAGAAGUUGAAGAUGGGUUGUGUCAGGGGACGAUACCGUAUGACUGGGUUAAACCAACGCUGGCAUCCAGCUGAGAACGCGGAAUGGAUACUACCAGAUGACGAAGAAACAUGGUUGAGCCUGGAGAAAGAGAGAGCAGAGGCUAGAAGAUUGAAAGGGAAUGCCAAGCAAUCUCGUCAUCCCGACAAUGCAUCCAUUCCAGCAAUUGCACCAUUCCGCGGAUCAGAUCGUGUUGACAAUCAGCCGCCAGCGGAAAUGAGUCAAGCCCUGGCGACUGUCUCGCCAAAAACCAUGCAGAAUGUCAAGGAGAAGGUAUCAAAGUGGCAAGCGACGAUAUCCUCACCUGACGGCGCGUCACUUAUCGAAAAGACCGUAUCCGCUACCCCAGUGCUUAGGAGCGCCUCCAAAUCAGGGAUGAAGCUAACAGCACUGCCGAAAGAUAAAAGCCAAUCUUCGUCGCUUGGCUUCUCAGUCGUAAAGCGCAAUGUUGCAACCGUGACUGGCAAGAAGGGCAAGGGACGCCUCGGUCAACAUGAUCCCCCUAAUUUUCGGGUCCACGGAGAUCCAGAAGGUGAUCACACACCCAGCGGCUCCAAAUCGCUAGUGGCACCUACCGGUGAUGAACCAGAAAGAGCUAGCUUCAAGACCCCGCUGAGGUCCUUGCGUGCUCCAGAUGGGGAUUUGCCCAAGAUCACAGACUUUCCGGAAACGCCGUAUAUUCCCCCAUCCUUCCCGUCAGAGCUUGAAACUUCAACUCCACAAGCGCGGCAUGAAGCCGUGGUGCCUGUCCGGACAAAGCCUCCGCCGAUUUACCCUGUAUGUCCGUCGUCGUCUAUUUCACAUCCGUCAAUACCCAGAGAGGGCGAUCAUCAUCAUUCCGGCGAAGAUCCUUAUAUCAUUGAUAUAUCCCCUUCGCUUCCGCCGCAUUCUGACGCGCGACAAACAAACAAACGCCCUCUAUCACCGUCUUCUAUGCAUGAUGUAGCGUCUUCCACUACGAAGAAGCAACGAGUACAGUCUCCCCCUGGAGAAACUCCAGCCUUCCGCUCUCGACCGCCGACGCAAUCGGCAAAUGCGCCAGAGGUGAAGUCGAAACGCGCAGAAAUGCCAGGCUCCCCUCGCGGUGAAGGUAGACUUCCUACUCUCACUGAGUUGCUGGCAGCUUCCCCUCGACCGAAGACACGCCAGAGGCCUCCUUUGGAACAUGUACUUCGUGCCGAGAGCGAACCCUCACCACAUACCGCGAAGGAAAACCCUUCGCCUGCAAAGUCUUACUUCUCAACUCCGGGUUCGGGGCCGUCCGAUUCCCCUACGUCCAAUCACAACCUCCUUCUUCAUUCACCUGUCAGCCCAAUGCGGUCAUUCGCCCAAAACCCAAACGCAUUUCUCCCGCAGUUUACGUCCACUCAAGCUGGAGGUUCGUGUCACAACGGGAUGAGUAGUGGGGUCUUCGGUGGGGGCUAUCGAUCUCAGUUUGACGUGGAAAGACAUGUUGACCGUGUUAGUGAAUUAUUAGAGAAGGACGUCGAUUUUGGUGGAUGGUUGCGCGAUGUGCCGUCAGCAGAAGAGCUGGAAGCCAGCCAGGAUCAAUGAUUAUCACUGCAUAGCCUCAGGCAACACCCGCGAACGUGCAAGCUAGUCGUACUCCACUCUCGUGUAUUUUAGUCAGGGUUAGUUGCUUUACUAGGAACAAAAACAUAGUUUCAAAUCGAGUCUGGACCGUAGAAGGAAGGUUGAAGGGAAGAAUGCGCCCAUCAUUGCCUUGAGGCACCUGAGAUACCGAACUUCCAUAUUGGGGACGCGUCUUGAUCACGUGGAUGUGGUAUUGUUCGAUAACAGCGCG